CCCAGAAGAAACAGCCGAGCGCAAGAGUACCUGUUUAUGUUUGAGUGAAGCUGCGAAUGAAAGUUCCUUGUAUGGCAAACAGUGAUGUUUACUUCUCAUAACUACUUCUGUCGUGCGUUUCUUUGACAUUGACUGCACUUCUACAUUUGAAGUUAAAGGAUAAUCAAUUUGAGCGCAUCUUCCAUUGACAGAGCAGACAGCUCACCAUCUGAAAUCAUCUUCAUCUGACGUUCAUCUCAUAACCAAAAAUGAGCAGCACAAAAACUGUUGGAAUCAGCAUUUACACUUUCCCUGAGCGUGUGAUGCCAGUGGAUUUGGCCAUGCAUGCGCAGUUUAGCCAACCGGUGUCUCAGCUCCUUGGCAUGUCUGCUCUGAGGGCUUCUCCACCCAACGUGUCCUCACCGGAGCUUCAACUAAGGGGACUUUCUCCCCCUUCACCCACAUCUUCACUAUCUUCAUCCAGCUCCACCAGCUCCCUGUCCUCAUGCUCUCCCGGCACGCCACGCAAGAAGAAGCGAGUUGUGUUCGCAGACGCCAAAGGCCUCUCUCUCACAUCCGUGCGCCUAUUCACCACCGACCCUUCGGAGACGGAAACGGAUGACGCACUGCAACCCGAGGAGCAUGUGAAGCCUAGAACACCCAUGCAGACCGUGAGGCUGCGACUUAAGCUUGGUUUUCCACAGCCUGUUCCAGACCGUGCAAGCUUGAAGGAAAACUACGUGCAGUUAGAGAGCUGUGGCCUGUCAGAAAAGGCGUUUAGCGGGACCGUACGGGUGUGCAACAUUAAAUAUGACAAGACUGUCUUCAUCCGCAUUACUUUUGACUCAUGGCGAAGCCAUAAAGACAUUGCGUGCACUUAUGUGAGGGAACCAAAUGUAUCUUUGGAGACUGAAUUGUUUUCUUUUAAUGUGCCGCUACCGUCCGAUCUGGACCCGAAGGAACACGUGGAGUUCUUCAUAGUGUUUCGACCCGGCAAUACCAUGCAGCGCGUGGACAACAACAAAGGUAAAAACUACUGCAUUCUUGUGGAAAACGUGGCGCCGGAACCUCGGCCGGUGACGACAAGCAGGCGAACCUUCGCUAUACCAAGCCCUCAGCGUUAUUCUGCAUGGCCCGGGGCCAGAGGUCAUGAACUACAUAGGAUGAGACACCUGGCAUGCAAAGGCCCACUCUACACGGAGCGUCUGCUAAACAGGACCUGGGGAAGAAUGGCCAAUGUUCCUCCGUUGUGUUAAGAUGGGACUGAAACACAUGUGCGGUCCACAUUUCUAAUUGCGGAUUCAACAAAGUAUGAAAAUGAAGCAACUUUAUGCACCUCGGUGUUGUACAUAUACUUGAAUGGACUCAGCGCUUACUGGUUUGCACGUGCUGUUAAAAGUGAAAUGUGAAUGUUGACUAUAUACAUUUAAAUAUGUUUAAAUUGGAUUUUGCACAUUUCUACAUUUCUUCUACAGCUAAAAUAUGUUUUAUGGGAAACUGGCUCGCUUUCCCUAUCACCUGCCCUUCAUUGAUGUGUGAAAGUGGUGUAAAUGAAUCCUUUGUAUAUAUGUAUAUAUGAUUAUGUAUUUAUUUUGAACUCUUUAAUUAAAAAGAAGCUACUUUCCAUGAA